GGAGGUCGGUGAGUCAGAGUAAAUGGUCGCGGCUCAGUUCUCAUUUCAACUUGUCAGAGUAAUGCCUGUCACCCUCAUUUCUUAUUUGUCUAGUGCACUACUCGAAGUUUAAGUCUAACUUAUCGACGGCGCAGCACGAACUCACACCACCUUCUCGAGUUAUGCUUACAGGUGGUUCUGGGAUUUCGCGUAUCAGUUUCCAAGAAGUGUAUUUUGAAAAUUUUGAAAGAACGAGCGACCCAAACUAAUCUAGUACCACAAACUCAAACUAAUCUUCAUCAUCGAAAUUUAAAUUUAUUGACGUCGCUGCUAAGUAUCGAUUUUAGAGGAGUGCGUUACGUGAUAGUAGGAAGUUGAAACAGCGGAGAAGUAUUUCCGCUUGUGCAGACUUUUCCCAGCACUUUCUUCGUAUCAGAAGGACUCUUCGAAGGUGGACGAGCUUCCACAAAAAUCUACACAUAGAAGUCGUACGCUUCUACUUCUUUUCGCACUUCUUCGAGUUUCCCUCUACUGUUCAAACUGUUUCUCAGUGAAGUACAACCCAAGAUGUCCGUAUCCUCAGCGAUGAAUCACACGACCACGCGCAAAUUGGCGCCGGGUCGUGUUUCCCUUUUUGUCAUCGUGCUUUGGAGCCUUGCAGGGGGAAGCUUUUUCACACCCUUCGCGACCGGCGUCUCGCUGAAGCCUGCUGCUGGCCUCGACCUCAAUGGCCACACACGGGCCACGCAGGUGUUUCAAGAGAUGGAGCGCCAAGGGUGGACAAUGACAACUAUUACGGGCUCCCACCACAAGUUUGAACAGGGAGAGCGUACCAUUUUAUUAUCAUCCCAGCGCACGGGACGGGAGAACUGGAGCCGCACGUGA